AUGAAGUAAAGAAUUAAAAUUGUGUUUUAAGAAGAGUUCAAUUUAGAAAAAUUAAUAGGUAUUAGCAGUAUAAAACAGAAAAUCAAUAAUAGACCAAAAUAAAUUGUUAGUGAUGAUGAGAUUUUAGAUGAAUAUGAUUAGAGUGAUGGAGAUGAAGAGGUUCAUUUUUGGGAAUUAGAUUUUGUUAUCAAUUCAUCCAAUUCAAAAUAUAUAGCAUUUGAUAUAAGUAAAGAAAACGAUUAUAGUGAAAGAAGCUACUUUCAUGUAAUUCUCGAUACAUAAACAAAAAAGAUAAAGUAUUAAAGGAAAUUUUAUGAUAAUUCUUAUAUUUAAUUUACUCAUGAUUCUAAAUACCUUAUAAUACAAGAUGAUUCAAAAAACGCUCUUGUUGAUUUAGAGACCUUUAAAGAAAAUUUAAUUGAUAAUAAAGGGGAUUCUAUUAUCUCAAUAGAUUCAGAAAACAAUAUCUAUAAACUUCAUUCUAAAAUUGAGGAUUCCUGCAAUCUAGUUGUCUACUCGAUUUCUGAUAACUCAUAAAAAAACGUUAACAUUAAAUAAGAGAUAAUUAUCGAAGAUAUAGUAGGUUUUGAAAAAAUUUUCUUAAGUUAUGCGUUUGUUGAAACUCAAAAAACCAUUUAUUUGCUAUUUUUAUAGAAUAAUAAAAUACUUCAAAGAUGCUUAUAAAAUCAUUCUUAUUUAGAUAGCAAAAAUUUGGUUCUUAAAAAUUCUAUUAUUGUAAAAUAAAACAAGAAACAAAAUGACAUUUAUGUUAAGAGACUCAAUAAUUCAAAAUUAAUUAGGAAAUUUAAAAAUGCUGACGAUGCAAUAAUCUUUAAAACCACCUAAUCUAUCUACUAAUAUAAUUUUUGUUAAGAAAAACUUAAGGGUGUAGAUAAAAUAGAAAGGACAAAUCUCGUAACAGGAAUUUCUAUAAAGCCUGAUUUAGAUUUAGGAAAAUAUGACAGAUAGUUUCAUUAAUAAGUAUUUAUUACAUAAAAUUAUUUUCUUGAUUUGUCAAGAGCAAAACUAAGAUAUUUUAGGAUUUCAGAUUGA